GCAGGGACGACUGUAUCUAUCAUAAUAACUGGGUGCCAGACGCACAGAUAUUAGUAUAACAUGAUGCAUGUAUAGGAGAAAAUCCUACCCAGAACCCAACCGUCUAUACAGACUGCCUGUGUGGGACACUGUCCUUGGCGGGGCUAAGAGUAACAAUGACACCCGUCUUCUCCCUCGUCUGUUUGCUGGCCGCAGUAUCCAGUGUCACGUCUCAGAGAAUACCACCAUACAUAACUAAACCGGACGCCCAGACGAAGGAUUACAUCAAACACAAAUCGGAGGUUGUUCUCCCCUGCACGGCAGAGGGAAACCCCAGACCCACAUACAAAUGGUACUUCAAAAGAGACGAGGUUAAAUCGACAAACGAGUAUAUAAAAGUAGACAGCACUAACGGCACCCUGACUAUACCCAGCUUCACAGACAGAGAGGAGGGGGAGUAUCAGUGUGCAGUGGAGAAUAAUGUUGGUUCGGAAGUGAACCCGUUAGCCAUGUCACCCGUUACAACCCUAACACAAAUCGUUCUAGAAAGUUGGUCUGGCAGCGGCGUCCCACCUACACCCAUAAUCAAGUCGGAGGGGCAAUAUGCCAGCCUCGAGUGUGGGGAUGUUCCAGAGAGCGUUCCUCCAGCACGCUUCACGUGGUUCCGACAAAGAACAGAUGGCACCCAGGAACAAGUUAAAGAAAGCAAAAGAAUCUAUAUUGACGAUAAAGGAACCCUGCAUUUUAUCUUCUUGGAAGUGGAAGACCAGACUGGUGUUGAUAUAUACAAGUGCGCCAUGUACAAUGACAAUCGCGAUAAUAUCCAACUUGGCAGCCCAAAGAAGCUGACACUUAAACGAGUAGAAGUUAAACCCCAAGUGCCUCCGAAAAAUGUGUUUAAGACCGCCGAUCCCCAGUUCCUCAUAGGCCAAAAAGCAGAACUGGAGUGUGUUUUCAGUGGACACCCUAUCCCGUCUGUCCAUUGGUAUGACCCGCGGAGAGGGCCCAUCACGACCAACAAGAAGUACAAACUUGACAAGAACAACAUGAAACUGCAGAUUGUUAACCUAACAGAUGAUGAUGAAGGCAUUUAUAGAUGCAAGGGGGACAGCUCUAUUUCUGUCGAAGACAUCAUCUUCCUGAACGUAACAUCUGGUCCUAUCUGGGUACAGGGCAUUAACAACCAGACUAUCCCCGAAGGUCGAGAUGCCACCUUCACCUGCAAGGCUCGUUCGGCUCGUGCGGAGAAUGAGCCGAGUGCCCCUGUGUGGUACAAGAAUGGGGUGAAGAUCGAUAUGAACAAUCCUCCAGGUAACGGAAAGAUCCAAUUCAGCGACCAUGGUCGUGUUCUCACCGUGACAGACCUGACCAAGCCAGAUGACAUUAUGUGCAUUCAAUGUCGGGUAGCCAACUCGAUGGGCUCCGAGUUUGCUAACGGUUGUCUCAAUGUCAUAGAGCCUAUCAACGUGACUACACAGCCUCCACGCAGACAGGGCAUCAAGAAAGGUGAUCUGGUGAACCUCACUGUGCAGGGAACCACAGACCCGGGGAUGACUCUCAGAUACAGAUGGGAAUUCAAGAAUAAAACGUAUUACACAGAACUACCGCCACAUGUGGUCUACGACGACGUCACAAAACAAACCUACAUCAACACUACAAGUCUGAGCGAUGAGGAGUACAAACAGAUAGAAGGAACCUACACCGGAGUGCUGUAUCACGACUUUGAAACCCGCCGUGUAUUCAUUGACGUCGUCCUAGAGGAUGAGACAGCACCGAUUGUAGUAGCACCGGCGGCCUUCCCGUUGUGGGUAAUCAUCCUAGUGGUCCUGUUCGUGGUGCUACUGGUUCUCCUCGUCCUCGCCUUCAUCGUCAUGUCCAGGAAGAAGGAAGAGGGAGCCUACAAAAUUUACAAGACUGAACUCGAUGUGGCGUAUCUAGAUCCGGACGAUGAUAUUCAGAAGUGCAAGUUCCAAGAGGUGACCAAAAUAGAGUACUCUGAUCUGUAUGACGGAAAGAAUAAUGCAGGUCCUUAGAAGGAUAAUAUUUCUCCAGCAAGUUGCGCGUCUUAGUUCGAUCAUAUGGUUUGGCCGAGAGGAGCUACUGGUUUAUCGCCCAACAUUACUACGUGAUAUUGCGAUUCAACAGAUUGAAAUCCGAAGAGGACUGUACGUGAUGCUGCGAGGUCAAUGGUCCUGUGUACCACAAGGCAAGAGGUCAAGCGGCGUACACAAACUUUCAGCUCGUAAAUACCGUACACCCCACUUGUGACACAUGAAACGAAUGUUCCAUAGCUAUGAUCUUCGGAGAGAUAGUUGUGACAUUCGAAGUCUCAUGCCCAUGGUUCAAGUUGCGAAUAGAGCCAUUUGUGAUGAGAUUCUCUUUUUAAAAGACUUUGACUGUCGUGUGAGAUGGCUAGAGUUCAGAGUAAUGACAGAAUUCUACGUGCUAACAGCCUUCAUUAUGAUGGAUCUUACUAAUCAUUAAAAUAUUCUAACAUUUACUGGGGGUACGGGUGGCCCAGUCGUCUAAGGCGCCGCGAUUCGCUGUGCAUAGUUGCGGCCCUUGGGCACGCCAGAAACCUAUGAUUGUGGGUUCGAAU